ACACAGAAAACUCUGGGGAACUCGGGGAAAAGGACAUUUUCACAGCCUCAAGAACUUCGGUAGGAGAAAGCAGAAAGAAGACCAAUCGUUUCAAAUAUAAAUCAAGGGCAGUGGACACGCGGGAGUUGAUUAUUCAUUCCGAUAACUUGUGGAAUUAUAAGGGUAACAAAAAUUUUAAAAAAAAUACCUCUCCGCCAUUUCAUAUUUGUAUUAAAUUGUUCCUUUUCUUUUUAAUUUUAUUUUAUCACCUGUCCUCUGAAGAGCUGACAGCCAGACGGUGUAGUAGAAUUGCAGUGCAGUGCGUAAAGAAACUGAACGCAGCACCAGGAGACGGAACAGCUCACUGCGUUUACCAACAAGAGACAGUGAGGAGGAGUGAGAGAGAGAGACAGACUGAUUUUUUUUUGUAUUCUUGUAUUUUUAUAUCAUAUUUAUUAAUUUAUACCCUACGCGAACAUAUUUAUUUUUUUCCAAUUGUUGGUUCUGUUUGGGUCAGAUUUUUUUUCUUCUUCAUUUUUUGGAAUAUGGUUGGGGAAAUGGAAUCGAAGGAGAAACCUAAGCCCACCCCAGACUAUCUCAUGCAGCUCAUGAAUGAUAAGAAACUGAUGAGCAGCCUUCCCAACUUCUGCGGGAUUUUUAACCACCUCGAACGGCUGCUUGAUGAAGAGAUCAGCCGGGUGCGUAAGGACAUGUACAACGACACGCUAAACGGCCGCACAGAGAAGUGGAGCAGCGAGCUCCCUGACGCAGUGGGCCCCAUCGUGCAGCUCCAGGAGAAGCUCUUUGUCCCUGUAAAAGAGUACCCCGAUUUUAACUUUGUGGGCCGGAUCCUGGGACCACGGGGGCUGACAGCCAAGCAGCUGGAGGCAGAGACAGGAUGUAAAAUCAUGGUGCGCGGGAAGGGCUCCAUGAGGGACAAGAAGAAGGAGGAGCAGAACCGAGGAAAGCCCAACUGGGAGCACCUCAAUGAGGACCUGCAUGUCCUGAUCACGGUGGAGGACGCUCAGAACCGCGCUGAGAUCAAGCUGAAGAGGGCCGUGGAGGAGGUCAACAAACUACUGGUGCCUGCGGCGGAGGGAGAGGACAGCCUGAAGAGGAUGCAGCUGAUGGAACUGGCCAUCCUCAACGGCACCUACCGAGACGCCAACAUCAAGUCACCUGCCCUUGCCUUCUCUUUUGCAGCGAACGCCCAGGCGCCCCGCAUCAUCACCGGCCCCGCCCCUAUGCCCCAGAAUGCCCUGCGCACGCCCACCCCGGCCGGCCCCACCCUAAUGCCCCUGAUCCGACAGAUCCAGACCUGCAUGCCCAACGGCUCGCCCCACCCGGGCGUCAUGACCCAGGGUCCCGAGGCAGGCCUCAUAUACGCGUCGCCGUACGAUUACCCCUACACGCUGGCCCCUGCCACCUCCAUCCUGGAGUACCCCAUCGACUCCAGCGGGGUGUUAGGUGCAGUGACUACUAAAGUUCGAAGGCACGAACUGCGGGUCCAUCCUUACCAAAGGAUAGUGACCGCAGACCGAGCCGCCACUGGCAACUAACCCCUGACCUUCUGACCUCUGAACUCUUCACACAUGAUGACCUGGCCAUUGCCUGCCCGCAGAUCAGUUCUCCGGUAGAAAGAAAGAACACAUAAAGCCUUGGCUUGUUACAGUCAGUCAUGGCACAGCUUCUCAUCAGCCGAAUAAUGGACACACUAUAAUGGCUUGGCAGGCCACUCCUGCCUGUCCUGUCUGCUUAAUAGGGGGACUGACCCUGGCUCUAGACCUGCACUGAAUCAUUGUUAAGCAAUAAGGUCUGAAAUGCCCCCUCUGAGCAUCACUGAACGAGUCCCCAGCCAGGCAACUUCCAAACACACCACACUCUAAAACACCCUGGUAACGGCUGGUCGCCUCAUCCGGACUGAAGAUGAAGAAGGUCGGCACCCUCCCACCCCUCCGACCGCCCAAACCCACCGUACGCAUGUCGCCCAGGUGACUUUCCCACUGUCAUGGUAACGGAGCUGGCUCUGAAUGUAUAGCAGCGCGGUGAGGCCUUCCCGAGCAGAGUGCAUGCACCUCUCUCUGUCUCUCUCUCUCUGUCGCUCUCUGUCUCUCUCUCUGUCGCUCUCUCUCUCUCUCUCUCUCUCUCUCUCUCUCUCUCUCUCUCUCUCUCUCUCUCUCUCCACCCAUAUAUCCUUGCCAACUGAUUACCCCUCUCCCUUCACUGACUCUCUAUGAAAUCUGUUAUGAAAUGGAAAUUGAGGGGGGUUCAUUCUAGCAGGACUUGAAGAGAGACUAGGGGUCAAAAAGAGUAUCAAGUAUAGAAGGUGGAACCUGUCCCGUUACCUGGCAUUGUUGUUGUUUUUCUACCAUGAAGGAAGAUCUUGCAGUCAACUGUUUUUUUUUAGGAUGUAAAAGCCAUGCUUGCCUAUCUGCUGUACAAAUGUAUUGAAAUUGUAGAUACAUGUGUAAAAAUGGGGGAGAGAACACCAUAUGUAAAGAAAAUAGACACUUUUAUUAUACAUGGGUGCUCAUGGCAAAGAGAAAUAUCUAUUUUUCAAAAACAUAGUCUUUUAUAUCUUCAAGUAUUGUAAAGAGAAAUUAAAAAUUAAACCCUUUAUGUCAUGAAAACAAUCCUGUUUUAUUUCUGUGGAUGGAGAGGUGAAGACCAAAACAACCUUUCAUUUGAUUUCGGGGUUGAGCAUUUAACUGAAGUGGAAAAACAACAAAGUGCCUUAUUAUGGUUUCUGAUAUCUGAAUGUGUCAUCCUCAGCCUUUAAGCUGCAGGCCAGGUCAGUACACACAGUCUGUCAGCCACAGAGAUGCCCUUAGACGGAGUCAGUCACCUCAGCCUUGUUGCUACACUAGUCAGACACAGUAGGUCUCCUUCCACCAUCAUUUAAGUGUGACUCUAGGUAGGUACACAAGUUCUUUUUGGUGGCUCCAUAGAGUAGUAAUAUAGUAAUAUUUGACUAAAACAUAAUAGUUUCAAACCUUGCUCACAUUUAUAUAUGAUCACAAAUAUCACUCUAUUACGCGUGGUAAUACUUUGGAAGAGAUGUCCAAAAUUAAAAUCACUUGGAGCUGAUUUGCCUGUUUUUACAGUCUUGUGGGGCCAAUUAAAAUCUCCUGUGGGCCAAAUUCAGCCCGCGGGCCAGUUGGGUAACCCUGUCCAAAAGGGACAAAUAUAUGAUAAAAGAGAGCUGUAACAUGUCCAGUUCGUAUCUGAACUGAGAAAAUUAUUGGCCUUAUAGUAUUUCACUGUGACGCCCCUGAGACUCCGGUUGUCUUUGUCUGUUGAGGAUGGCCUCAGAGUUCCCCAAUUAUUAUUUCCAGUAGUAUGCUACUCAUGCCAGUUCCUAGGUUUUACACACAAGGACAUCUUGACAUGCAUCGUCUUUACAGUUAGAAGUGUCAUUUUGGACUGCCUUAUGUAGGAGUUGUCAUUGGCAUAGACAUCCCACUACCCGUGGAGCUGACAUCCCACAUCCCUCUACCAUGAUGUAUCUCUCUACCACCUAUCCCAUUAGAUGAGGACGUGUCUGUUUCUGCCCUCCUGAUUUACUACCUAUAAAGGAGUAUUGGGUCUGUAGUCUUACUGCUGACUCGACACGUGCUGUGUUAAAUGGAGGAGAAGGGUUUAUGUCAUUGUGGUACCUAGUGAUUGACUGUAAAGCCUGUGUGUACUUCCUGGUCUGCGCCAAAAGAUUGCUCCACAUCCCCCUCUUGAUUUACUAUGCAACAGAAUGGCCUCUGGUGGUGUAUGAAGAGUUUCUGUGUCUCAGAUUGUCUUCAUGCGUGCCAUUUCUUUUCAGUUACAGUAUUUAUGUUUGCGAAAUGAUUCUGCAGUGCAAUUGCAUAUGAUUAUAAUCCAUUAUAAAUGAUGAAUACGUAUGGAUUCUCAAUCAUUAAUAUGAUACGUGUUAUCAUUGUUAUCGGAUGUCAUUAUUAUAUAAGACAAUGGAUUGACUUUGAAGCGAGGCGAAUAUGAAUAUUUUACAUAUAAUUGUACCGGUGAUAAAAGAAUGGUAGCAAACAAAUGGUUUCCUUGGUUGUGAGUGAAGAGACAUCAGAACCAAUAUAGAAUGGCUUCCCAUCCCUUAGUAAUGUUACUGUUAUGCUAUUAUCAGAGAUUUUUUUUAUCUGUGCCAUUUUGACAGCAUUAUUCUUGACCUGGUGUUUUUCUUUUUUCUGAGUGUGCAAAUCAAGCGUGUUAUUCUGUAGGACCCCAUGCUGUCGAACAACUGAUCCUGUUAGCAUUUACUCCAUGGAUGGUGUGCGACCAUACCCAAAUGAUUUCCUAUGAGAAAACAAUAUGUGUAUUUGCAGCCAUUGUUACAAGUUUAUAAUGUAUUUUUCUAUCUUGUUUUAUAUGUGUGUAAGAAGAAAAAAACUGUUAAAUGACUUACAUAAACGACAAAAGCAGCUACGUUAUUUGUUCGAUUUUGAGAUUCUUUGUAGUUUAUUAAAUCUGGGUUUUUUUUCUCCCUAAUCCUGGUCCUGGGGAACCAAAGAGGUGCACACCUGAUUCCUCUAAUGACCAACUCAUCAUAAAACCUUUGAUUAGUGGAAUCAGGUGUGUAGUGCAAAUAUGUGCACCUCUUUGGGCCUCCAGGACCAGGAUUAAGAAACACUGCAUUAAAUUGACUCCUUGACAAAGUCUUAUCUCUAUUAUUGACUCAGAUCAUUUAACUUUUUCCUUUCCUCCCGUGUUUUGUUGUGACGUGUUAGACUUAGCCAGUAUUAUUUAAUAAAUGAUUCCAAACAGA